AUGGCCGAAGACAUGGUUCAUCCGUUUGAUAGGACUAUUGGGGAGAGUACUCGAGUCAUUGCACCUAAUAGGGGCUCGGUUAUUCGUCCUCCAACCACCUCUCCGAAUUUCAAUGUCAAGGGUAAUCAUUUGUCUCGGGUUGAGGAAAAUCAGUUUGACGGGGUUGUUAAGUGGGAUCCGUAUGAUGAUGUGGAGAAGUUUGAAAAGGUUUGUCGAUUGUUCAAGUAUGGGGAGACUCAAAUGCCACAUGUUAAGCUUGAAUUGUUUCCGUUGUCUCUCACGGGAGAGGAAGCGACUUGGUAUAAGAAUCUCGAUGAAAACAUAUUUGAGACAUGGGAAGAGUUGAGGGAAGGAUUCAUUGAGCGGUUGUUUAUGGCUCAAUUGGUUGAAACAAUGAAGUUGGAGAUUCGGGCGUUUAAGCAACAUAGUGGUGAGAAUUUGGUAGAUGCUUGGAAAAGAUUGAAGGAAUUGAUGAGGAAUUGUCCCGGGCAUGGUAACAUUAAUAAUGAUACUUACAACGAAGCCUAUAAGGUUAUGGAAGAUAUGGUUCAUACAAGUGUGAUUCGAGAAGCGGGUAGAACUAAACCAGAUCUUGUUAAAACGGGAAGAAGAAGUGUGGCUCGGGUUGAUAGUGGUGGAAGUAAUGAUGUUGUGGCUGAAAUUAAGGCUUUGGCAAGUCACAUGGAUAAGCAAUUUGCAAGUAUGGAUGGUAGGUUUGGAUUAAUUGAGAAGGAUUUGAAGACGGCGGUUGCGGGUUGUGACAUUUCUGGUGAUAGGCAUUACACGGAAGAUUGUGAUAAAGCACCAAGGAAAGAAGAAGUUGAUUAUGUUCAAAAUCAAUACCAACCACCGUUUGCAAAUCGAGGGCUGUUUCAAAGGAAUGGAGCGUUCCAAAACCGGUACCAAGGUAAUGGUGGUGGAUCAAGACAAGAAGUUGUUGAUCCUAAUGCCGAGCUUAGGGAUCUUGUGAAGAAGUUUAUGGUGGAUCAAGACAAGAAGAAUGAGAACUACCGCACUGAUAUCACAACUUUGAAUGAUAAGAUGAAUCCAAAUAUCAAAAGUCAACAAGCGGCGAUCAAGGAUUUAGGUGUAAGGCUUGAUAGGAUGGUGCUACUAAUGUUUCUAUGCCAUUAUUACUCGGUUGAUAGUGAGAAUGAAGAUGAUCAAGUUGUUGAAGAGAUUGUAGUGGAACCGAACCCAGCCGUUAAAUCACCGGCCGUUCCAUCCACAUCUACUACUACAUCUGCUACACCGGUAGCUAACCCGGCGGUUGUUGAACCUCAAGUGAAGGUGUACAAGCCUAAGAUUCCUUUCCCCCAAAGAUUGAAGAAGGAUAAGCUCAAGGAACAAUACGGAAUGCUGAAUUAUGCCAAGUUCAUCAAGGAUCUUGUGACGGAUAAGAGGAAGCUAGAGGAAGCUAAGGCUACUUUCCUCAAUGCGGAAUGUUCGGCAAUUGUGCAAAAUCAAAUCUCUCCUAAGCUUGAAGAUCCAGGGAGUUUUCUGAUUACUUUUUCUCUUGAUGCUAAGCUUACUUGUGAUGCUUUGGCCGACAUUGGUGCAAGCAAUAAUUUGAUGCCUUUUCAGUUUAUAGGCGAUUGUCUUUAG